AUGGCGACUUUUUAUGCCAAUCCAGAUGAAACAAACGAACUCUGGAUUGAAACAGCUGCUCUCGAAACACCAAGAUUUAGAAUUUGGCACUACAUAUUUUUUUGUUUUUCAGCUUUUACUGUAUUCGUUGUCCUUUUUUGCUGUUGCAUUAAAAUACGUGUACCUAGAACGAAACAAGAAAUCGAAGCAGACUAUUGUAGAAAAAAAUUGGCAGUAAAAUUUAGAGAGAGACUGAAGCUAAUUAAGAAUCAAGAAAUGAAUAACAUGGAUUUAGAAAGAGCAUUGCAAAUCAUUCAAGAUGACUACAAAGAGGAGAGAAUGCGACUUAAUCUUUCGACCCCUACAGGAACUACUAACAAUCCUAACCCCGAUAAUAUUGCCGAACCGCAGCAACCUUUUCGGAAAUUUUCGUCUCUAAUAUUGUCUACUAAAUUUUCAAUGAAACCUUAGGUAUAAAAUAAGUUUUAUGUUAUUAAGCAAAUAGAAAACUGAUUAUUGAUAUACCUAGUGGCGGCUCGGGGUAAAAAAUUUUAGGUGUUCUGCAAUUUACCAAAAAAAAUUUUUUUCGUCUGUCAAAAUUCUAUUACUUUCCGUUUUUACCGAGGCUAGAUUAGGUUUAUACCAUAUUUUACUAAUUUACUGUCUCAAGAAUGUCACAAACAAUUUAAACAGAUUUAACACUUCCCGAAACUUAACCGUGUCGAAAUUAAGGUAUGCUUCGCGACUCGAGAGUUCAAUUUAGUUCGUCACCAAAAAGUAAUCAGAGAAAACAAUAUGUGAUGCAUUUGUUGGAUGUCAAUAAAAAUCUAAUCAUUUUUAACAUAAAUAUCUUGAGUUAAUUUAUUUGUGUAGCUCUUUCUCUACUUGCAACAGGUUUUUCUAUAAUAAUAAAGUAAUAUGGUAAACGCCUGCAUUUAGUUUAUAAUUGUUCCUCUUGUUCGUAUUUACAAAAAAAAAACUUUCAUAUUGCACAGAAUCACACUAACUUUAUUGUAGUUAUUCAGUCCAAAUGGUUCUAAAAAGCUAUACAUUUUAGACAGUCGCAAAAAAGCUAUUUACUCGCUAGCUAUCUACCCACCUAUUACGCUGGAAUGAACGCAGCAACUUCUCCAAUUAGACACGCCACUGUUGAUCAUGGAAAGAGCGCGCAGAGCACGUUCGUUUAUACUAGAUGAAUAAUAAUACUCCAACAGCUUGAAUCGAAAGGUAGAUAUUAUUCAACUGGUCAACUCCACUGAGUUGUAUAAGGUAUUACCAUGCGACUGUGAAGUAUUAAAAAUUUUCUAUUGGAUAAGUUAUAGAAAAUUAUCAUUUCUAUCACUAGCCGUCCCUGGGUACCUAAUUAUUCUUUUAAAUGAAAAAUUUCUCUAGCGCGUAACGCUGCGAAUCUUUAGCAAUGAAUCUAGGCUUAAAUUUAAAAGAAGAAAAAGACAUUUAUUAUUGUCUAAAAAUUUUAUUUGUAAUAUUUAUAUCAAAUUUUUCAUUCUUUUCAACAAUUAAUCAAAAAAGAAGAAAUUAAAUAAUUCUACUUAAUACAAUUCAUUAUUACACAACAAAUAUGUACAACCUGCUAAAAAUAAAAACAAAGCUCCCUAUAUGAUCCCAUACUCUAGCAAAACAUCAUGAAAAGUCAGGGCCGGAUUAAGCUAGUGGCUUGGGGGGGGCUAUAGCCCCGGGCCCCAGGUCCAAGAGGGCCCCAUCAUUUGGAAAUCAUUCUGUAUUUUUUGAUGUGUUGAUACAACAAAUCUAACGUAUUGAUAUUAUUUUGUGAAUUUUUUCGGGAUUCCGAAGUCCUUAAGGGGGCCCCGUCAUUAUUUUAGCCCCGGGCCCUUAUAAAUCUUGAUCCGGCCCUGUGAAAAGUGUAUGUUGCAAGACAACUGGAUGUCUGUGUGAAACUAUUAGGUGAAUGAUAAAAACACUGUACGUUUGAUAUGGAUAUUGAUAGAAUUUGUGUAGAAAAUCACUCAUAAUUUAGACAAAAAUUAUUAGAAUUAUUAACAAUCUAAUAUACAGACACAUUAAAUUGUUCUACGAAUUGGAAAAAUCAGUAUAGGUAUUACUAAAUAAUGAUAGCUACUAUCCAUAGGAUAUAAAAUUAAUUUAAAAUCUACAACUUUGUUAACCAUAUUAUUUACACAGUUUUUUAGGGAUAUAUAUUCAUUUUAUCAUUUACAGAAUUAUAUAACAACUAUAAACCUAACAGUUUAAAUUCAAUUGUAUUUCUUUUUUUGUUUCAAAAUGUUUAAAGCAGUGUUGUUGGAGGAACUAUAGCUUUGGAAGUCAACACAUAAGCUUAUAUAUUUUGAUUACUAGUCAAGGAUUAAUUAAGAAAGAGUGGUUAGGAUUAAAACUGAAUACAAUGUUUACUACCACUGUUUGAUGCACGUUUCUAUAAUCAAGUUAGCCUCUUCAGGUUUGGUUUUUAAAGGUAGCUUGAUUAUCUUAAUCCGCGACAUACUGUGUGAUUAUGAGUAUUGGUAUAGUUGUAGUAACAAGUAUCACGAACAGUUCCAUACAUUCCAAAUUUUCGGUAAUUUUGAUAACAGCUUGUUACCUAGCAAAAACUGAAAGGUACAAGUGAUUUCCCAAGGACAAUAUUAUUUGAAUUAGAGAAUAUACUAGUGAUGGAGAUGAAGUGAUUUGAAUAACAGUUUCGGUUGAACUUAAGUCGGAUCGUUGGAAGUCUUCCAUCACGAGACUCUAUCUACGAUUUAUCAAACAUAUAUUUUCUACAUAUUACCUCCUUCUAUUGAACAAAAUUACCUAAAAUCGAUUGUCUUCUUCACAAGACCAACCACAAGACACACGUAAGAGUGUACCUAACCUAACCAAUCCGACUUUGAUGAAUUAAUCCAGAUAAUCGAAGUUUUAUAUUAUUUGUUCUAUACAACAUACUAUUAAAAUACAUAUCCAUAAAUGAGAUAAUCUAUGAAAAUAAAAGUUAUUGUACAAUUUAUAAUUUGUUCAGUUUAUAUGUAUCUAUCAUUAAAAUGUGAAUCUUAAUAUUAUAAAAUACAUAAUAAUGUUCCGCGUA